CCUCUAAAACUUUCUUCCUCUCUUUUUAACCCUCUGUUGCUCCUCCUGCUUAGCUGUCACAUUUACUUUACACUCUACUAGCAAGCUAUGUGACUGUAUGUAUUAAUUUUAAGUCAUUCCUGUGUGUGUAGUAGCAGUUAGAGGAGGUUGCCAGCCGUGGUGUGAAUCACUUUCUCAUGCUGCUGUGAGGAGCUGCUGCUCCCUGCGUCCUGCUAUGGCGUCCGUGUACAGCGGAUCCCACACCUUGAGCAAGGAUGAUGUGAAUUACAGGAUGCAUUUCCGAAUGAUAAACGAGCAGCAGGUUGAAGAUAUCACGAUCGACUUCUUCUACAGGCCACACACGAUAACACUGCUGACAUGCACCGUGCUCAGUUUGAUGUAUUUCGCGUUCACAAGAGAUGAUGGGAAUCCAGACAGUAAUCUCUGGGUGGGGCUCAUCCUGGUCAUCUCCUUCUUCCUUGUCAUCAGUGUUUUGGCAUUUCCUAAUGGUCCAUUCACCAGACCACAUCCAGCAAUAUGGCGAAUAGUUUUUGGUCUGAGUGUCCUCUACUUCCUGUUCCUGGUUUUAAUCAUCUUCCUCAACUGGCAGCAGGUGAAGCAGCUAAUGUAUUGGUUGGACCCAAACCUGCGUUACGCCAAGAGAGAGGCAGACAUAAUGGAAUAUGCUGUGAACUGCCACGUCAUAACCUGGGAGAGAAUCCUGAGCCAUUUUGACAUUUUUGCAUUCAGCCAUUUCUGGGGCUGGGGUAUGAAGGCCCUGCUCAUUCGAAGCUAUGGCCUCUGCUGGACCAUCAGUAUUACCUGGGAGCUUACUGAGCUGUUCUUCAUGCAUUUGCUGCCUAACUUUGCUGAGUGCUGGUGGGACCAGGUGAUUCUGGACAUUCUGCUGUGUAAUGGAGGAGGCAUCUGGCUUGGCAUGACUGUCUGCCGCUUUUUGGAGAUGAGGACCUACCACUGGGCCAGUAUUAAGGACAUCCACACCACCACAGGGAAGAUCAAACGAGCCGUGCUGCAGUUCACCCCAGCAAGCUGGACCUACGUGCGCUGGCUCGACCCAAAGUCUUCCCUGCAGCGAGUGACGGGCGUCUAUCUGUUCAUGAUCAUCUGGCAGCUAACAGAGUUGAACACAUUCUUCCUCAAACAUAUCUUCAUCUUUCCUGCAAGCCAUGCUCUCAGCUGGUGUCGCAUCCUGUUCAUUGGUAUCAUCACAGCUCCAACAGUGAGGCAGUAUUAUGCGUACCUUACAGACACACAGUGCAAGAGAGUUGGGACCCAGUGCUGGGUGUUUGGGGCAAUAGCCUUUCUGGAGGCCUUGGCGUGUAUUAAGUUUGGACAGGACUUGUUUUCAAAAACACAGAUCCUCUAUGUGAUCCUCUGGCUUCUGUGUUUGGCCUUCAUUACAUUCCUGUGCCUGUAUGGAAUGGUGUGGUAUGCUGAGAAUUAUGGUCCAAGAGAAAAGAGCCUCUCAGAGUGUGAAGACAGUAAUUACGCUGAAUCUGCUGACCAUGUGUCAGAAGGAUUUAAAGUGUUUGACCCACACGUUUCAGAAGAUACAGAUGUGGAAGAUGACAGCCCUACAACAAGACGUAGAGUGAAGGGCUCCGGAACGACCAAACCCAUCAACGGCCUGGACAGCCAGUAGGAGUUGGAGCCAGAGGCUGGUGUGCGACUCCUGAACUCACUCCCAGGAGCCAGGUGUGACGGAUCGCAGGAAACACUUCAUGGUGUAAUUAAAGUCUAGAAAGGCUAAGUGGAUGAACAGGCCCAUGCAGUGUUAUUAGGAGUGCACAGAGGCUUGGACUACAGAGAUGCGCACUUACAUGUGUGCUGUAGUUUUAAAAAAAACCUCCUAAACCACUGAUAACAGGUUUCUGUGUGUGUGAAAAGAGCGAGAGAAAGAGUGGUAUUGUGUGUGUGUGUGUGAGUGUGUGAGAGAAAGAGGUGGUGUUAGAAACUGCCGAUUCUAGAUGUGACUGCAUGAUCAUUGUAGCUGAUGAACUAUAAUUUACAAACAUUUAUUCUAUGAAACAGUAUAUCAUUGAUGGUUAAUGUGCAUCGGACUGGUUUACAACCAGCCUUAACUCCAGUAUGUUGGUUCAACACAUUUCAAUGUUAAAAGCCAUUAUGUAGAAUUUAUCACAUAAAUUGGAGCCUCUAUGUUUAUAGCACAGAAAAAAAAGCUUUUUAUUAGCAUCAGUCAUCUAUUGUCGUGAUAGAUGUUCACACUUGUUUGGUGUUUAUAACUUGAAUGUGGGCAGGAUUUCAAUGCAAGUCGGCUUGAGCUCGGUAGGCGAUGAGGAUUGUGUUUGACCUGGAACAAAGCAAAGCACACAGUUUAAGCACUUUUCAGAAUGUUUUCUUGCAAAUACUGUACAUUUUGUAACGCUUGAGUGAGUAUUUUGUGAAUCAUUGUGACUUUGAGUGAUUUUACUCUCCCUGUCCAUCUGUGGCUGCUAUCUUUUUUUUUGUUGUUAUUUUUACUGUACUGAUAACAGAGGGCAAUUAUUCAAAUUCCUGCAUGUGUCGUCAGGCUCUACCUGUCUGUGUGCAGGCGUGGCUUCGUUUUACUGUCAAGCCUCUCGUUAUUGCAUAUAUUGCAUUUGCAUGGCAGUGUCAAAUCAAGUGUUUAGUAGGAAAAUGUUACAUGAGUAGUCCGCAGAUAUUUGUAUUACACCACCAGGGCGCCAGUAUUGUUUGUUUUUUUGUCUUUCACUGUAAUUCUAACAUUUUAAUUCACCCCUUGUGCCUGUUUGCGUGUUCUUUUUUUUAUUCCCAACUGUUUUCAGUUUGUAUUACAACUAAAAUUUGGCUUUUUUGUGUUUGAUUCUUCUGCUCUCGAGUGCUUUCUUGAACAUUCAUUUUCAUUUUGCUCUGUCACCAUCAUCUCAGUACAGAUAUAACCCCUCAUAAUCCUCGACAAUCCAGACGUUGACCUCUGUGGAAUGGACCAGCCUUCCGUGCUACAGUAGACACUAUAAAUGAUACAUUGUCUCUGGAUUUAGAUGUCAUUUGCCAAAAACAAUUCAGUUGAAAAUGGCUGUUCUUUUUCACUGUGAAAUAAUGAGACAUAUUAAAAAAUGUUUUACAUUUCCUCUUAAA